AUGAGUGUCCACGGGACUCUGCUGCCCAGAGUGGAUCAGCUCUCCAGAGGACAGAGGAUGCCCAGCAUGGCUUACAGCAUCGGGGCCCUGCUGGCCCUGACCAGUGCCAUGGUCACGCAGGGCUGUGUUGAGUGUCACUCCUGCAGUGGCAGUGCCAACAGACCGGUGACACUGCAGGGGGACGAGUGGAUGAUGCACAGUGCUCCUGGUGACCUGCCCUCAGUGGCACAGGUGUGCCAGGCUGCAGUCACCCACCACCACCUGCUCCAGAAGCUGCUGCACCGCAUGAAGAAAUCCGUUGAGUUUGACAAACCACCGAACCCCAGCAUCCUGCUGGCCAUGAACCUGGCUGGAGCCACCCAUGGCCACGUCCACAGCUGGCUGCUACAUGAGAUAAAGAAGGAGGCAGUGGAGAGAGCCCAGACAGACAUGUCCUCAGGACAGGUGGCUCUGCAUGUCCUCGCCCUCCUCUCCUCCUGCCAGGACCCUCGGCAUGUCCAUGCCAUGGGGAAGACCGUCAACCUGAUCCCCAUCCUGAAGCAGAAAAUGAAUGAGGAGAUCAGCAAAAAUGGUACACAGGGACAUGAGGUGAUCACCUGGUACAGUGAGAGCCUGGACAUCCUGGCCCUGUGCCUGGUGAAGGAAUACGACAUCCAAGAUGCAGUCGAGGCUGUGGCUGAGGAGCUGCUGAACUCUGGGAGCUCCCUCAUUGUGGACACCCGGGCCAUGGCAGUACUGGCGCUGGUUUGCGCCUACAACCACACAGACAAGCAGGAUCUGAUACAUGAAGCACUAAAGGCAGAGACCAACGAUUUCCUGGAUGAGCAAGAGAGGAGGAAUGGCAUGAUCGGGAAUAUCUACAGCAUGGGGCUGGCCCUGCAGGCUCUGGAGACCUCGGGUGAGUUUUAUGCCCCUCGGAAGUGGGACCGUGCCCAGGCCUUCAGCAUGGUCUACAGCCACGACUACCAGCAGCCCAUGGCCAUAGCCCAGGUGCUGCCUCCCCUCAUGGGCAAGUCCUACCUGAACACAGGUAGCUGGGGCUGUGCUGCCACCAAUGGAAUGGCCCCGAGCCAACAGUUGCUCCUGUCCCCAAAGCUGGGGACAAUCGGGGUUCCAACCUGGAACCAGGCCCGUGGGGAUGACACGUGGGGGUGCCCACCCACAGCUGCCAUCACGGUGCAGUUCUCCAUCACCAACACACUGAAGAAUUACUUCCACUACUCCACCUCGGUGUGUGUACCAGAUAACUCCAAGCUGCUCCGGGUGAUGGAGGUGGCAAGGGAUGAGAAACCCGACAUCUUCUGCUUCACGAUAAAGGAGACAAACCUGGGUCCCUUUGUGACCUCCAUCCAUGGGCUGGCUGGGAAUGAAACUGAAAGAACCUACUGGCAGUUCUUCAGCUGCUGGAGUCCCCUCCAGGAAGGGGUUGGAACCUACAAGCCAAAAAACUGGGAGCACAUCCAGGCCAUCUUCAGCACCUACUGA